UAGCAAAUCCCAUCUUUUUCAGUUUUCACGUUUGAUUAAGAUACUUCCUCCAUACUCCUUCAAGGAACCAAAAUCUUGUUUUCACGUUUGAUCGAGAUACUUCCUCCAUACUCCUUCAAGGACCAAAAUCUUGAGAGAGAGAGAGAGAGAGAGAGAGAGAGAGAUGACGAUGUCUCGUUUCUCCGAGGCCAUGCACGAAAUGAAGGCCCUGCUGAUGAUGGUGGUCGUCCAGGUCGCGUUUGCCGGCGUCAACAUACUGUACAAGCUUGCUGCGAGCGACGGGAUGAACUUGAUGAUCCUCGUCGCCUACCGCUUCACAUUCGCGACACUUUUCAUGGCCCCUCUGGCUUUCUUCUUAGAAAGGAAGAGCAGGCCAAAGAUAACGUGGACAGUGCUUGUGCAAGCCUUCUUCUCUGGGCUAUUCGGGGGAUCAUUGGGGCAAAAUUUGUACCUAGCAAGCUUGUCAAUGACAUCGGCAACCUACGCCACGGCCAUGGCCAACCUUGUCCCCGCGGUAACCUUCGUCUUGGCCGUUUCUCUUGGGUUGGAAAAGGUGAAGAUGAGGACAGCUGCAGGGAAGGCAAAAGUGGCAGGAACAUUAAUGGGGAUAGGUGGGGCAAUGCUGCUCACGUUCUACAAGGGCAUGGAGGUCAACAUGUGGUCAACGCACGUAAACCUCUUGCGCCACGUGGCGGCGACCCAGCGGGGCCAGGAGGGUUCGAGCAAUCUCCUCCUGGGAUCGCUUUUGGCCGUGGCCAGCUGCUUCUGCUACGCUUUGUGGUUGAUCAUUCAGGCUAAGAUGAGUGAGAGGUUCCCAUGCCCUUACACGAGCACAGCGUUGAUGACCUUCAUGGCGUCAAUCCAAGCAGUGGUUUACGCAUUGUGUCGAGAAAGGGAUUGGAGCCAAUGGAAGCUAGGAUGGAACAUCAGGCUCCUCACCGUAUCAUACUCGGGGAUCGUUGCUUCCGGAUUGUGCUAUGCUCUAAUCACUUGGUGCGUGCGGAUGAGAGGACCAGUCUUUGUGUCGGUUUUUAAUCCUCUUAUGCUGGUGACCGUGGCCUUGGUGGGGUCUAUGGUGUUGGACGAAAAAUUGCACUUGGGAAGCAUUCUAGGUUCAGGGCUCAUAGUACUUGGUCUCUAUGCGGUGCUGUGGGGCAAAAAAAAGGAGAAUAAGUGGAUGAAUCAGUUAGUGCCAUCGACCGGUCUUGGUGAAUCUGAAUCCAUUGAGAUCGUUGUCGCUUCUCCUGACAAGAACGGCAUUAAGGAGGGCGAAAAUGUUCGAGAGUUGGUGCAAAAGGAGAGCGAAGUGAUCAAAGAAAGCUUUGAAGAGAAAAGGGGAGGAGGAGGAGAACCAGCUUAACGAGCAAUUGACCUUGGAUUACCGUACGAUGUACAUUGUCCCCAAUAUAGGCAGGCAUAGAAUUGCAAAAGUGGCAACUUCGACUUGUCCAAGAUUGGGCCUUUUGGUAGGUAGCCGAUUUUGCACAGCAAUGUCUAUACCAUAGUCAAGAACUUGAGAUAUCCCCGAGUCUUUAGCU